AUGGCCCAACAAGCCAACCUCGGGGAGCUGCUCUCCACGCUGGACUCCCCGGUGCUGAGCGAGCGUGAUGAAGUCACGGCCAUCUUUAAAGAGAACCUCAAUGCUGACCGUGGUCCGAUGCUUGUGAACACCUUGGUGGAUUAUUACCUGGAAACCAGUUCUCAGCAAGUAUUGCACAUCCUGACUACCUUGCAAGAGCCACACGAUAAGCAUCUCUUGGACAAAAUGAAUGAAUAUGUGGGCAAAGCCGCCUCUCGGUUAUCCACGCUCUCAUUACUGGGCCACGCCAUCCGGCUGCAGCCGCCCUGGAAGCAUAAGCUCUCUCAAGCACCUCUCCUGCCUUCUCUGCUAAAAUGUCUCAAGGUGGACACUGAUGUCAUCGUCCUCACGACCGGCGUCCUCGUGCUGAUCACCAUGCUGCCCAUGAUCCCGCAGGCAGGCAAGCAGCACCUGCAUGACUUCUUCGACAUUUUUGGCCGUCUUUCGUCCUGGUGCCUGAAGAAGCCAGGCCACGUGGCGGAAAUCUACCUGGUCCACCUGCACGCCAGCGUCUACGCCCUCUUCCACCGCCUCUACGGCAUGUACCCCUGCAACUUUGUCUCCUUCCUGCGCUCCCACUACACCAUGAAGGAGAACCUGGAGACCUUCGAGGAAGUGGUCAAGCCAAUGAUGGAGCAUGUGCGGAUCCACCCGGAACUGGUGACCGGAUCCAAGGACCUUGAACUGGACCCUCGGAGGUGGAAGAAGUUAGAAACCCACGAUGUUGUAAUCGAGUGUGCCAGAAUCUCUCUGGACCCUACAGAAGCUUCGUACGAAGACGGCUAUUCUGUGUCUCACCAAAACUCAGCCCGCCCGCCCCCUCGUGCAGCCGACGUCACCGCAAGCCCUUACGUGGACCCGCAGAACAGCUUCGGGAGCGUGACUUCCACCCCGCACUCCGCGUCCCGGCCGAUGUCCAGCACACCAGGGCAGCUACCUCCGCCUCUGAGCUCCCCUGCGCCGCGGCUGUGCGCCGAGGCCCCGCAAGCUGCUCUCUGGAGCCCAUCCCUGGUGUGCGGCAUGGCCACGCCUCCCACCUCUCCUGGAAACGUGCCGCCUGACUGCGCCCAGCCCUACAGCAAAGCCUUCGGGGCCCCUGGUGGAAAGGGAACUCCCUCAGGAACCCCGGCGACCUCCCCUCCGCCCGCCCCGCUCUGCCACUCGGAUGACUGCGUGCACGGCCCGUGCCCCCCGCCCACAGCCCCACACACCCGGAAGGAGGAGAGAACAGAUCCGGCCCGGCCCUGCCUGCACAGACAGCACCAUCUUCCCAACGACCGCGGGCUAGAAGAACUUCCUGGCAGCAAAGAACUUCCUCUCAGUGACCUUCCCGGGUUCUUAGGCGGCCUGGCCUCCGAAGAGGACAGCAUUGAGAAGGACAAAGAGGAAGCGGCAAUUUAUAAAGAACUUUCUGAGAUCACCACAGCUGACACCGAGCCUCUGGUUCCUCGAGGAGGCUUCGACUCUCCCUUCUACCAGGACAGUCUCCUGGGCUGUCCCAGGAAGACCCCGUCAGCCACCGCCGGCGCGCAGGGCACCAGUGUGCACCCCGAGCCUCUCAACUCGUCCCUGGACAAGCUGGGGCCCAACACACCAAAGCAAGCCUUCACCCCCAUUGAGCUGCCCUGCGGGGGCCCUGACGAGAGUCCUGCCGGGAGCAGGGAGUGCCAGACCCCCCCGGAGCCCAGGAUCCUCACUCCCAGCCCUUUCAGAGUUCCGUCUCAGAGGGGUGCGGGCCUCGGCAGUGGGCAGCCCCCGCCCUACGAUCAUCUCUUUGAGGUGGCGCUGCCCAAGGCUGCCCACCAUUUCGUCAGCACAAAGACCCAGGAGCUCGUCAAGAAGGUGCCAGGAAGCGCAGAGGGAGCCUGGGUGCCCUCUGCCUCCCCCCUGGAGGUGCUGGACAGGCUGAUCCAGCAGGGCGCUGAUGCGCAUGGCAAGGAGCUGAGCAGGCUGUCUCUACCCAGCAAGUCUGUCGACUGGACCCACUUUGGAGGCUCUCCCCCCUCAGAUGAGAUCCGCACCCUCCGGAACCAGCUGCUCCUGCUGCACAACCAGCUGCUCUACGAGCGAUUCAAGAGGCAGCAGCACGCCGUCCGGAACCGGCGGCUGCUCCGCAGGGUGAUCCGGGCGGCGGCUCUGGAGGAGCACAACGCGGCCAUGAAAGACCAGUUGAAGUUGCAGGAGAAAGACAUCCAGAUUUGGAAGGUCAGUCUGCAGAAAGAGCAAGCCAGGUACAGCCAGCUGCAGGAGCAGCGGGACACCAUGGUCGCCCAGCUGCACGGCCAGAUCCGGCAGCUGCAGCACGACCGGGAGGAGUUUUACAACCAGAGCCAGGAGCUGCAGACGAAGCUGGAGGACUGCAGGAACAUGGUGGCGGAGCUGCGCCUGGAGCUGAAGAAGGCCAACAGCAAGGUGUGCCACACGGAGCUGCUGCUCAGCCAAGUGUCUCAGAAGCUCUCCAACAGCGAGUCGGUGCAGCAGCAGAUGGAGUUCCUCAACCGGCAGCUGCUGGUGCUCGGGGAGGUCAACGAGCUGUACUUGGAGCAGCUGCAGAACAAGCACUCGGACACCACCAAGGAAGUGGAGGUGAUGAAGGCUGCGUACCGGAAGGAGCUGGAGAAGCACCGGAGCCACGCGCUCCAGCAGAGUCAGAGGCUCGACACCUCCCAGAGGCGGGUGCUGGAGCUGGAAGCUCAGCUGGCCAAGAAGGACCACCUCCUGGUGGAGCAGAAGAAGUACCUGGAGGACGUGAAGCUCCAGGCCAGGGGCCAGCUGCAGGCCGCCGAGAGCCGGUACGAGGCUCAGAAGCGCAUCACCCAGGUGUUUGAGCUGGAGGUCUUAGACCUGUACGGCAGGCUGGAGAAAGAUGGCCUCCUGAGGAAACUUGAAGCUGAGAAAACAGAAGCGGCGGAAGCAGCGGAAGAAAGGCCGGAUUGCUGCAACAACAGCGGCUUGGGUCCCGCGAGAGGGCACAGCGACGCGGUGUCGGGCCACAACGGGGAGACCAGGCCCCCCCGACCUGGCAGCACCCGGGGCAGCGGCAGCAGCAGCAGCGGCAGCGGCAGCGGCAGCAGCCAGCUCUCCACCCCCGAGAAGCCCCCGGCCCAGCGGGCAGGCCCGUUCAGCAGCCGCUGGGAGACGGCCGUGGGCGAGCCUUCCGCCAGCAUCCCCGCCACGGUGGGCUCCCUGCCGAGUUCCAAAAGCUUCCUGGGCAUGAAGGCUCGAGAGCUGUUCCGGAACAAGAGCGAGAGCCAGUGCGACGAGGACGGCGUGACCGGCAGCGGCCUCUCUGAGACGCUCAAGCCGGGCGUGGACGCGGGCGUGGAGGCCAAGACCCCCCUGAGCCCCGACGGCCCGCGCCCCGCGCCCCCCAGCCCGGACAGUGUGGGGCAGCUGCGCAUCAUGGACUACAACGAGGCCCACCAGGAGCACAGCUAA